AAAUGAAAAACAAAUGCAAAUGAAAUGAAAUGAAAUCCCCGGUUAGCAUUUCGUCCCAUCUCUCUUUCCCUCCGGUUCAACUGUACCGACCCUAACCGCUCGCAGAUGAAGGACCACCACCGAACUUGGCCUCGUGGCUCCUCUUCCUCUCGUUUCUCUUCCCUCCCCAUCGCAAACCUAACCGUCAAUUCCGUCCGCCUCCGCUCCCUCCCUCCGCCGCCGGAAUCUUCCUCCUCCUCUUCCGCCGGAGGCGGCGAUUUCUCCGCGCUCCCGUACGAUGUGCUGGCGAAGGUCGCGGCGUCGUUCGACCAGCCGAACCUCCGGGCGGCGUCGCUAGUAUGCCGCUCGUGGCGGGAGGCGCUGCAGCCGCUGAGGGAGGCGAUGGUGCUCUUGAUGUGGGGGAAGCGGUUCAAGCACGGCCAGCGAGGUGUCCGUCCGAACAUCGACAAGGCUCUCGAUUCGUUCAUGAAAGCCGCUGCUCGUGGCUCUGCCUUGGCCAUGGUGGAUGCUGGCCUCAUUCAUUGGGAGAGGGGUGAGAAGCAAAUGGCCCUCCAUUUGUAUCUCAAGGCUGCUGAGCUUGGAAACCCUUCUGCACAGUGCAAUUUGGGGAUUUCUUAUCUUCAAGUUGAACCUCCAAACACUGAACAAGCUUUAAAAUGGUUAUAUAAAGCUUCCAUUAGUGGGAAUGUUCGUGCCCAGUACCAGCUUGCACUUAGUCUGCAUCGCGGUAGUGGGAGCAAUAGGAAUAUGGAUGAAGCUGUUAAAUGGUAUCUAAAAGCAGCAGAAGGCGGGUAUGCGCGUGCUAUGUACAAUACAUCUUUAUGCUACUCCUUUGGUGAAGGACUGACACAUAGUCAUAAACUAGCAAGAAAAUGGAUGAAGCGGGCUGCAGAUCGUGGACAUAGUAAAGCUCAAUUUGAGCAUGGUCUUGCUCUCUUUUCUGAGGGAGACUUGAUGAAGGCUUUGGUAUAUUUGGAACUUGCUACACGCGCUGGUGAAAAGGGUGCUUCUCAUGUCAAGAAUGCAGUAGUUCAUCGGCUUUCAGCAGCUUCACGCGAUCAUGCCAUGCAUCUAGCUGACAGUUGGCGUGCUUUGCCCUCAAGUUGAUCUAAACUUUACCUUACACGUUUGUGAGCAAGAAGUUGCACUACAUUGAUCAGUUGAAUUAUAGGGGUGAAGUCAACAAAGAAAGCCUAAGGCAUAAGAACAAGGAAAGCAGGAGCUGACCCGGCAAGGCGGCAACUGUAUGCUUACUAAUCCUGGCCAUGGUGGUGUUCCUGUGUGUAAUGUCUAACUUUUUUAGUUCAUGCUCUGUUCCACUAAUGCAAAGCAUAGUGUGUACCUAGAUAUUUUGCUUUUAAUAGAAAAAGCUAGAUAAAUCCUUUAUAAACAGUCCUACUGAAAAGUUCCUCA